CGAUGUGAUGGUGGGGAAUGAGAAAGUCUUCAUGAUUCGGGGUGAACAACAUUUUUUGCCACGUUCCCACGAACCCAAGAUCUCACCAGUUCUCUCCAACAACGAGUAUGUGCUGCUGUGGUAGAGAAGGGGUGAUGGUGGCUCUAAUACCCGAGAAAGUAUUGUAGACACGACCAUGUAAAUACAUACAUUUCCGAGUUAGCACAGCGCCAGUACCCUACCCUACAUUCUUCUCCCUAGUGCUAACUACCAGCUUUAUAUCCCUCUUACAUAUGGCUCGUGCACUUUCCAGUGCAGAAUUUUCUACUGUGCUCAAUUCCUGGAAAACUGAAAAAAUCAUACUGAGCUACACCUUUCACUGGUGCUCCAGAGGGUGUAUGUGACAGGGGACGUUGGCUUUGUCCCUAUUUUAUCAAAAUUUUGCAUCCUCCACUCAACUUCCUCAAUCACUGCAGUUUGAUGUGAAAAGUUGGUCAGCACCACCAACACAAACCUCCAGCCCAUCCGAGCGUAGAAUAUAGCGAAGAGUCACAGGAAACCAAUAGUCCUCAGCAUACACCCGUCAGCCCUAAAAAAUCCAAAAAGACUUUGAAAAAAAACUUUAUAAAAUAAAUACACAUUUAAACCCAACUUUCAUAUUUUGGACAAGUGAAAAUAAGAUAGAAACAUUUACGUCAUAAUGAGAAUGUGAAAAGUGAAAGUGGGCGAUUGUGUGGAACCUUUGGCGAAAAUAUUUGUGUGUGAUUUUAUUAUUAUUGUGUGCAAUUUUUGAUGAUCAUUGCAUUGCACGCAAUAAUGUGACGCCACUUAAUUCCUAACAACUCAAACAAGCAACCAAUAAAUGUUAGUACAGCAGUGAAACGGCGGGGUCGGAAAGUAAAUGGUUUUGAGAACGGACUUAGUAGACGAAUACGAAUGACCAUGCAUUAAAAAGUGGCAAUCAAGAAUUUGACUCUUGCUCGGAUAAAUGCAAAUCAAGAAAUAUCGAUCCAUAUAUGUGCUACUACCACUGAGCUUUGUAUAAUUAAUGCUGCACACCUCUUCUCACCUUCCUCCUCACGUCUUCUUCUGGCCCAUUACUCUUGUAGAUUAUUAGGCAUGGAAAUUUGCAGUGGACAAAAUAGAGUAAUUUCACUGCAUUAUGGAGUCACUGAAUCAAAGCACUGACGUAUUUUCUUUGGAAAUGACGUAUUCGAAAAAUAAGUCUGCCAAUUCCUUCAAACAUUUUUAAAAUGAGAGUACAACUUGUAUAGAUGUACUUGCCAAGGAAAACCACAUUAGUGAGACAAUGAAAGCUUCUGACGAAGAGGAAUAUGGGAAUUUUUACACCAGUCGCAGUGGAAAUGGUCAAAACAGAUACCGCUACACCAGGGAGUACUCGCCAAGCAGGGGUCACCAUUCCAACUCUCCUUCAUCAAACAUGGGUGGUGGUGACCCUUCGCCUUACAACCUUCCACAAGGCAGGAGUUACUCCCGAAGCUCAUCGGGCUAUGGGACAACGUCUCGAAGUAGUGGUGGUGGAGGUGGCAUGGGAAACGAGUACCAACCGCAACCCCCUCCUUGUUGCCAUCAGUUUUACCACCCUCCACCCCCGCCAAUUCCUCUCCACUCGUCCCCCUCGCACUUCAAUACCAUUCCACACCCACCUUUGCAGUACAGGGACGUUCCUGCUUGCGCCACGCUUAAUAGAUCUUGUUACAACAGCAGAAGGAGUAAUAAUCAUCCUUACACGUCGUCGUCUUAUUACGGCACGACUGAGCCUUCACCUUAUGCUGACCCCAGAAGUGAUAUUUACUACACAUCAACUCUCACGAGGCAUCCACGCCAUUCCUCCAGUCGAGGAUUUCCUCCAGAGCAACAAGACCCGAAAAUCUAUGACGCCCCUCCAUCUCAAAGCUACCACCAUCCCAGUUUGUCGACGGGAGGAGGAGGAGGAGGAGCAAGUGGACUUGGCUCUUCAGGCGGCUCCUCGUCUGGAAAUAUACGAAAUUAUGGCGUGAGUGUGGGUGGAAUGGGGAAUGUGGUUCCCGUACUGAGUGGAGUGGGGAUGUCAGGACUUCCCCCCGGUCAGACUUCCAGUAUCUUAAGAUUAGACGAGCCACGAAUCUACUCAUCUUCUGCCUUACAACUGGGCUCAAACGCUUCAUCGGCUUCCUUACAGCGAUCUUCCUCUCCACAACAUCAUGCCCCCCACUUUAUUGACCGUUCAAUUUCUUUGAUUCGAUUGGACAACAGUGGAAAUCAAGUUAUAAGUGGUGGCGGCGGCGCUUCUAUCUCUUCCACGGCAUCCAACACGAGUGCUGCUGGGGGCAACAAUGGGGGUGUCAUGGCUGACUCUGGGGUUGGGAGUUCUGUGACUUUAUCCUCGGGUGGAGCCCAACCACGUUUUGUAUUGCCGCAUUUCAGGAUAAAAUUUGCAGACGAAAGCAGACCUGAGAAUUUGAAGACGGACGGCAUAUAUCGGACCUUUGCCCCAGACCUACAAUCUCAGCAGCAGCAACAAGCUCAACGGGCAUCUCAGCAACAGAAUGAAAGUACAGUAGCGUCAAAUCUAGUCAAAACCGCAAUCGAAUUGGGAAGCAGCAGUGACCCUCUCGCUGUGACAUCGAUCACUCCAAACAAAACGAAAUUUAAAACUUUAACGAUAUUAGAAAAUACUUGCAAACCCGUCGUAGAAAUGUCAGACAAAGCUGUUCAAAGCUCUCAACUUCCAGAACAGUGGUCAUUAGUCAGUUCUGGGUCAGAAAGUCGGAGGAUAAGCGUGGGAGCGGUGAGCCCCCCUGGGAACUCUCCACCUCCUGCGCCAACCCUCGGCGGAGUUCCAGAUCUACUCCCAACUUGCAUUGUGCGACAUGGACCAGAAUAUGCUUCAAAUAAUAAUCCAUGGAGGAAUUCUGGAAAUAUCCUCCCUUCUUCUCCGAGACGAAGUUUCCAUAACGGAGCAUCCGGACCAAGUUGUCCCAACGGUCCAAGCAGUAGUCGUGGAUGCACAAGCAAAAAUAUUGGUGCUGGCAGCUCACUUUCUGCCACAUACAGCCAAAGUCACCAUUACAAUCCCAUUAUGAAUUCAAUUAAUCAUCAACCACCCUGCCAACAACCCCACAAUGUUCCAGGAAACCUUCACAAUCAGAAAGAAACCAAAUGGAAUGCGCUAAGGAAAUACAUUCGAGGAGAGACAAAGACAUUUUUUGGGUUGGACGAAACCACAGAGUUAAAAGAGGAGUGGCUUUCGAGACGGAAACGUUUCGCAUCCAGACGAUAUUCUGAGCGUAACGUGGACAGCAUGCCUCCGCCGAGUCCUUACCAACUACCCCCCGUGGGACAUCUCGGCGGCCACGGCCCAAUGCAUCCACACAAUCACGACCAACCAGACGCAGGCCGAAUUCCUGCACUGGACUCUCGCGCUGUGGGGAGGGUCAACGGCGGAAGGAGCAGGAGGACGAGAAAGAAGGACCAUGUUUUUGUUAUUUACUGGAACGUAAUUCGGUGGAUAUUUUGGUCAAUCCGAUUCGGGCGCACAGGUCAACGCGUGGCUGCAGGAGCAGGAUGUGGUUCGGACACUAAUCCUGGUGCUGCCGCCGGGACGCCGGGACGAGUGCCGCUGGCUAGUCAAAUGUCACGAGAUAGAACAAGAAGUCGCUCUGUGAGUCCAAACACACUCUCCGAACUCCCACCCAGUGUCAACAUAUCCCCGCAAGAACUCUUUUUUGACGACCUCGAAGAAAACAUUAGAAAUUCAACCCAUCACCUCCAGCCCCCUGGGAGGGGUCUUCAUUGGAGAAUAGCACGCAGCUAUCCUGCAAUGGGAGGCAUGCAACAUUCAAACCGAAUUCCAGCACAGCUCUUGAACAAAGUUUUAGACAAUUCCGAGCGCCAGCAAUUCAGACAGGGAAUCCGACAACCCACUAGUUCACCUUCCAAACUAUGUUUAAUUGAUGAAUACGAGGACUUCCGCCCAUAUUUUACUUACUGGAUCUCGAUUGUGCAAAUUGUUAUUUUAAUCGUUAUCAUGAUUUUAUAUGGUUUGGCUCCUGUCGGCAUGGACCUGCAUCGUAAAAGUUCGUUAGUUUUAGUCACGUCUUUAAGUUUACAGCAAAUGGAAGUUAUACAACCAGCAAAUUUUUGGGUGGGACCUUCAGCAGGAGACUUAAUUCACCUUGGAGCAAAAUAUGCUCCUUGUAUGCGUAGAGAUGACGUUAUUUAUCGCAGGAUAGUUGAAACACGAGAUCGCGAAAGGCAAACUGCUUGUUGCAUUCGAAAUGAUAAUUCGGGAUGUGUACAAUCUUCAAGAAAUGAAUGCUCUAUCAAGGGAGUUAGCAGCUCUAAUUUACUGUCAACCUGGAAAAAGUGGACAAGAGAUGAUGGGCCUGGUGGUCGAAUUUCUGGAUCCGUUUGUGGAUUAGAUCCCAAAUACUGUGAGGCACCAGCUUCUAUUGCACCGUACGAGUGGCCGGACGACAUAACGAAAUGGCCAAUUUGUAGAAAAACUAGAGGGAUUGCUGGGUUAGCCCAAAAAGAUAAGACUGCCGAGCACAUGGUUUGCGAAGUUAUUGGACAUCCUUGCUGCAUUGGGAUUCAUGCAAAAUGUUUAAUAACAACGCGAGAGUAUUGUCGAUUUGUGAACGGCUAUUUUCACGAAGAAGCGUCUCUGUGCUCUCAAGUUUCCUGCUUACAGGACGUUUGCGGAAUGUUUCCAUUUUUAGCUGAAGAUCAUCCUGACCAAUUUUAUCGAUUGAUCUCUUCCCUGUUUCUACAUGCUGGACUUGGUCAUAUUAUGAUAACCUUAGUAUUCCACAUGUUUAUCCUCCGAGAUGUGGAAAAGCUAGCUGGCCCCUUGAGAACAAUGUGCAUUUAUAUGGGUGCUGGAAUUGCUGGAAAUCUCGCUUCCGUGUUGCUAGAACCUCACCGAGCAGAGGUCGGGCCAGGGGGUAGCCAAUAUGGUCUUUUAGCCUGCCUUCUUGUCGAAUUACUUCACAUGUGGGGGAUGUUGAGAAGGCCUUGGCAAGCAUUAGGGAAAAUGUCUCUGGUGAUUGGCAUACUUUUCAUAAUAGGUUUUUUACCGUGGGUAGAUAAUUUCGCACAUGCUGCUGGCUUCGUGGCUGGAUUUUUACUCUCACAUGCGCUGAUGCCGUAUAUCGCUUUUGGAAAGUAUUCAACGUAUAGGAAAUGGCUAGAAGUUGUGAUAUGUCUGUCUGGAUAUUUUGCCAUCCUCGUUACACUAUUGAUAGUUUUUUAUCUCGGAGUUGGCGACUGUGAAAUAUGUUCCUGGUGCAAAGUUCUGAACUGUCUCCCCUUAACUCCAGACUUCUGUGGUGAACAGGAAAUAAAUUUCAAGCCUUCAGGCGGAGGAAUAAAUCUCAUUACGUAGUCCACAGUUCACCAAUCACAGUUCAGUACAAAAUAAGGACACACUUGCAUUGUUCCCGAUUAUAAAGUAAAUCGUGCAUAAUAUGUUAUACAGAUAACUAGUUAGCACUAUUGUUGCACACUCAUCAAAAAGCAUGUUAAUGUUCGACCAACGUCACCCUACUGAAAUACAGAAUACUUAAUGUGGUAGACGAAAGCUAUACAUACUUUUAAAAAAACUUUGCAGGGAAACACCUGCAGAGAAAAGUCAUUGAAAUCAUUUAAAGUUUUAAACUACGUUCCGUUCGGUCUCAAUAAUAAGUGGUGAUUAAAUGGGUGCUGUGUUUUUUACACUUUGGUUAUUUUACUUGUGACAAAUUUGUGUGCUACAACCAUUUCCAUUAUUUAUUAGUUGCUUAAACAUUUCAGUAAAAAUAAUUUUUGUAAUUUCGUUUGUUAAAUAAUUAGUUUUAAUAAUUUAUGUGUUAAGAUUUUGUAAUUACACCCGCCCGGGGAAGAGAUGAAUCAAAUAAGUCGAAUAAAUACGUGGUUAUCAAACCUUACUCAAACACAA